ACUAAAAAGAGCAAGGGGACGGGGAGGGAGACAUUUAAUGGUGUUUUAUAACAUUAUUUAAAUAAUAUUUUUCAAUUUAGUGAGCUCCUCCGUGCGCUUGUCAUAAGUAUAUAGUAUUGUGGAAGCUGAUUGUGGACCUACACCCAUAACAAGAGAUACGAGGAACUUGGAGGUGGAUUUGAUGUACACCCAGUUACAAAAGCGGUGUCGCCCCGCCGGGCCGGCUUGGUGAAAUCAUGCCCUUCUUGCCCUGAAAGUGGCCCACGUUCAAACAACCAGUACAUAGUUAGAAUGGUUCGAAAGGGAGGAGGAGGAAAAUUACGCCCUGCCCCUGUUUUCGUCUAUAAGCUGCAACAGACGAAGACAAGCGUCCUGCCUCCAAUUUGCCUUCCUCUGCCUCUUGGGUUUUGGACUACUACUCACAGGCACUGCAGUUGGUGUUGAAUCCAUUUCUAACUAGUAGGCUAUAGCAGAGCGAACGCCCGGCGGAAACUAUGCCUAUGGUCUGUUUGUUGUUUGAAGCGUCCGCCAAAAUUACAAAACAAAAUAUAGAAUAAUCUUGCAGUUAUCUUAUUCCCUUUGUCUGGUGUGGAAACGUAUCUUGAUUUGCCAUGUCAGCAGUCUUUGCAAGUACAACAUUCCAGAGAAUAACUGGAAAGCUCUGGAAGGUUGGCUCUGCCUCAGUUUCUCAUAGCAUUUGUCUGUCGAGAUGGAAGAGUACAGACAACAUCAAGUGGUUGUGGAGAGCCAGUGAUGGGACCAAGGAGGUACACAGAGCCAAUGAUAAGGGUUAUGGAGUUGGGGGCUACGGUGUGACUUUUAACAGCACCAAACCGCUGAGUCAGGACUUAUUCAGAGAGGCUGUGGAACACCUUCACAGGAAGAUUCCAUGGCUUGGUGUCUGCCUCCUUCCCUACAAAGGAGAACUGUGGUAUUGUCAGCCACCGAACUUGGAGUUAAAUUUCCAGGUUCUGGAAGAUGGCGAUGUGGUUGACGUUAUAAGUCAGGCGACAAAGGAUGGUUUUCAAGAUUCUAGACUUACACAAGGAAAAUUCAGGGUUAUUUGUCGCAAGCCCAGUGCUCCUUGCCUCAUUCCAGAGGUCAAGAAACACUUCCCCCACCAAUAUGAUUUUGUCGUCUCGGGUCACAUGGGAAUAUGCGAUGGCUCGAGCUUUUCUUACAUCAUAAAAUGGAUGGCUGUGAUACUGGACGACUUAGCUGCUGGAAGAACUGUCAGCGAUGAGGAGGUUGUUCCCAUUACCAACAACAAUGAAGUUUCUGUGCUGCUCACCCAGAUUAAGGACAGUGCGUCAUGUGACAAGCACCUCACUGAAGCCAUUUUGAGAACUCGACCCAAGCCUGAUCAAGUUCCACUUUUCUUUCAGGCAUUUCCAAGGCCGACUGAAGCAGGACCCUCUACCAAGAACAUCCAGAGGGUGAUGGAGUCCAAAUUUCUUGACCAGCUUCUUCAGAGGUGUAAGCUGGAAAAGGUGACAGUUAACAGCGCCUUAAUGGCUGCCCUAAACAUAGCCAUUGUUAACCUCGUGGAGGAGAAAGGAUUUGCUAAAGAUGUCUGUGAGGUAUCUUGCAACCUGUACACAGACUACCGUCGAUACAUGAGACCAACUGAGACAUUUCACCUGGGGCCUUUCAGAUCUUCCAUGUCCUACAUUUCAGUGGUAGAUGAUUCUUGCAGAAAGAACUUCUGGGACUAUUCCAGAAGAGUUGAUGAAGACGUGCGCUCCGCCCUGAACGACAAAUUGACGAUGAAGCAAUAUGUGGUGCAAGAAAUGGUCGAAAAAGCUGACCAAAUUUCUUACGACUACAUAACUUCAUUUAGACCAGCUCUUCACGAUUACAGUCUGACAAAUCAUGGGGACUUUACCCCACUACUCCAUCACAAUGGAGACCAUGUUCAGAUAACGGCCGUGGAUUCAAUUUCAUGUAUACAUAAUUCCCUCAACAGCAGCUUACAUGCUGUGGUGACUUUUCGAGGGAGAACGACUUACAAUGUAUCCUAUGCCACUGACUACUUCACUGAGACAACUGUGAACAAGCUAGUGGAUGAAUUGUUUUCAGUUCUACAGAAGUUCGUUUUCACCGAGGGUCGACGAUGAUGGUUGUGUGCUUGAUUUCUUUGGCUAAAAUUUCAGGUUUCUUUCCUGUAUUGCCAAAAUGUUUUGAGAAUCUUUUUCUAUUUCCUUUUCCCCUGAUUGACUGGACCUUUCAUUCUAGACGAAUCACCUCAUUCUGUUCUUUUUUGGGCUGAAGCCUAUGCUUUUCCAUAUUUUGCCGAUGACCUUGGCUGUGUAGCGUAUAUUGGACUGCUGAUCCACUAGAAGUUGUCCUAACAUACGCAGCUGGCAUCAGGUUUGUCCUGCCUUGACUAGUGCAUGCUCCAGUCCAGUUAGGCAGUAACCGCUAUACACAUUAAAGACAGACUAUAGUAGAUUCACAUCAACUGUGCAUCUGAUGUCUAGACCAGUCCCUUACAACGCUCCUGAUUGGCUGUUGAUAAGCCAGUCACAGGGCUGGAAACUGUCAGUCUCUUGAGAGAGCUCACAUAAGCAGGAUGUAUGUUCACAUAAGUAGAUGUAUGUUCCAGCCCUGUGAUUGGCUUAUCAACAGCCAAUCAGGAGCGUCGUAAAUGACUGGCCUAGACAUCAGAUGCACGGUUGAUGUGAAUCUACUAUAGUACAUGUCAAUCGCUAUGAAAUCAGCAUACCAGUCGCGUACGUGUAUGGCCAGAUACCCACUUACCAAUGCUAUUUCACUGACCCAUAGUCUAGGCCAGAACAAGUAUGCAAAAUAUAUGUAAUUUUUUUUAGGGGUUAUAUAUCUGGCAUUCUCUUAUACCAAAGCACAGUUAAUGAUCUGACUGACUAUGCUCUAUGAAAUCACGAUGUAACUUUAAACAGUCACAAUAGAAUAAAUAAUUGAAUAUGGG